AUGACACUGCAGACCGCACAAGACCAGGAAACCGAACAAACUAUAGUACAUAACCUCUCCUCAAAACAACUUACUGUGACCCAAACAAAAGUUCUACAACGUGGAUCUGGUUUUAACACAACUGACGCCGACCCGGUCACCUUCAUUGCUUCUUUCGAAUCAGUGCUUCGUCAAACCGGCGCCACAGACGAGGUAAAGGACCUCCUUCGACAUCAAGUCUCUUCACUUCUCAUGUCGCACCGGAAAACCCAUUCCCCGCUAAGAGAUGAACAAAAGGCCCUAAGGGAGCUGGAAGCGGACACCGAAAUAGUUAUUAAGCCUGCUGACAAAGGCCGGUCAACCGUCAUCCUCGACAAGGUGGACUACCGACGCAAAACCCUCCUGCUCCUCAACGAUCGAGAGUCCUACAAAGUCAGCGACGCCGCCAGUCUAAAGUCCCUAGUGGCAAAGGUUAACAGAAUUCUGGCUCGACUAAAAAAGGACAAGGUCAUCACCGUCAAAGACUGGUAUAUGGCAAAGCCCGCAGAAACCGCUAUGGCGAGAGUCUAUGGUCUCCCAAAAGUACACAAGCCAGAUGUUCCCCUCCGUCCUGUCGUCUCGCUCCGAGGCACACCCACAUACGGGCUUGCAAGCUGGCUAUUUCAGAAGCUAAGAUUCCUAACUGCAGGCUCACAAACAACGGUGCACUCAGCGGAACAAUUCCUUGACAAAAUAGGGGCAGUCACGAUCGAAGGAUGGUGUCUUUUGACGUUGUCUCACUCUUCACGUCCAUACCACAGGCCCUUGCGGUGGAAACGCUCAGUGACCUGCUACGUCAAAAUUAUGACGGGGGCGAUGGCCAGCCCACAGCUCAGGAUCUCAUAGAACUCAUGGGGCACUGUCUCAAGACAUUCUUUACCUUCGAAGGGACCACAUACGAGCAGAUCAAGGGCACUCCAAUGGGUUCACCAAUCUCCGGACUCAUUGCCGAGGCGGUUCUACAAAAACUCGAGAGACGACUAUUCGAGGAGUACAAACCCAAGUUUUGGGCACGCUACGUUGAUGACACCUUCGUGAUCAUAGACCAGGAUAAAAUCAACUACUAUGCGGAAGUACUGAACUCAAUCAUGCCCGAUCUACAGUUAACGAUGGAAGAGGAAGUCGAGGACAAACUUCCAUUCUCGGAUGUUCUCGUCUGCCGCCAACCAAAUGGCGAACUAGCGACGUCGGUCUACAGAAAACCGACGAACACGCUGCAAAUUCUCAGCUACAACAGCAACCACCCGCCACAACACAAACUAAGCUGUGUCCGCACGCUGUACCGACGGGUGGAAACUCAUUGCAGCACGCCAGCCGCCAAACUGAAUGAGAUAAAGCUCCUCCGAGAACUUUUCAGAGCCAAUGGCUAUCCGCGGGCAUUCAUUGAACGAAGCCGGAGGCAGCCAAAGAAACGGGACGAGGAGCAUAGUCAGCCAAACUCGUGGCGGAGCAUUCCGUACAUUAAAGGGGUCUCCGAAGUCGUGGCUCGAUCACUCGCGCCACUCGGAAUAGGUGUUGCCCACAGGCCUGACUCAACAAUCCGCCGGCAAGUGAUGCGGCCGAAAGAUCCGAUCCCUAAGCAGGAGAUGUCGGCCGUUGUCUACCGACUUCAACACAGCUGCGGAAGUUGCAACUACGUUGGGGAAACCGGCCGACGGCUGCAAACGCGAAUGCACGAGCAUAAGUUGGCCGUGCAAAGGUUGGACCCAAAGUCGGAGGUAGCAACCCAUGCCGCGCAAAUGGGACACAUCUUCAACUUUGACGCCGUUGAGACUGUGGGCCGGGGCAGCGAUCACACAGCAAGGCAAGUGCAAGAAGCCUGGAUGUCCACUGACCGCUCUGUCAACCGCCACAUCAAUUUGCCUCCCCCUUAUCUGACUUUACGAACCUUCUUAACGGGGGACAGUCACGGCGCGAGACAAUCGGGGCCGUCCGUCAUCACCGCGGCCGACGGGGGCAAUUCAGGUCACGGUGACAUGCGGGUGGGAUGCAGCCACACAGGCGGCAUUGGCGGAUCACACAUUGGACAAAGGGCGCCAUAA